AUGCGCUUCAGCACAGCUUGUGUGGUAUGCACUGCUGCCGUCAUUGGCCAGGCUACAGCACAAACCUUCCAACGUCUGGGAGCUUGCCCAACUCUUGGUUGCAUCUUUCCGCCGGACCAAUCUGACUUCCUGCCUGGGCAAUGGUUUGACAUUCGUCUCGAGACUCACGCCCCUCAGAAUGGCUCCGAAGUUGUCCCCGGAUACACCCUCCCCGACGAGAAAUUCACCUUCACAAUCGCCAAAGACGGCCAGCAGAAGGACUGCCACAACGCAGCUUCAUUCUUCAAGGUCGCAGAGCCAGCAAUUGAGAGAUGGAACUUCACUUGGUAUGAGGACUUGUUCGCACAAGCUGCAAAGACACCCAGUUUGGUCAAGGUUGCUGCAAAGGCUUACCGCAAGGUCGCUUUGUAUGAGCCUGGCAACUACAUCGCUACCCUGACAUACGCCAAUGGUAGCGUCACUCAGGCCAACUGGACUGUCAGAGACACUAAGAUGAUGGAGAAGGCAAAGAAUGUCAUCUUGUUCAUUGGUGAUGGCAUGACCACCAACAUGGUCACUGCUGCACGUCUGAUCGCCCACCAGAGUGUCAAUGGCAAGUACCAAACCCGCAUGGCUAUGGACAAGUUCCCUGUUUUGGGUCAUCAGAUGACUCACUCGAUUGACUCGUUCAUUACCGACUCUGCCAACUCGGCUACCGCUCUUUACACUGGUCACAAGAGUUCCGUCAACGCUCUCGGUGUCUACGCUGACUCUUCGCCCGACCCGCUUGACGACCCUAAGAUCCAGUCUAUCGCUGAGCUGUUCCACGAGGUCAGGGGCGGUGCUAUCGGAAUCGUCUCUACCGCCUUCAUCGCUGAUGCUACACCUGGUGCUCUGACUGCUCACACCAGGGCGAGAGGCCAAUACGGCAACGUUGUCGACUCUUUCCUCAACGGCAUUACCAACUACACCUGGCCUUCUUGGAGCGGUCCCGAUGUUCUCUUCGGCGGUGGUGCCGAGCAGUUCAUCCCAAGCAGCAAGUCCUUCAAGGGCAAGGACUACUACCAAGAAUUCAGAAACAAGGGGUACAACGUUGUUCUGAACAACACUGCUCUUCAAGCUGCACCCACUACCGAGCGCACUCUGGGUAUCUUCUCCGUCUCUAAUAUGGCCAAGUGGCUCGACAGAAACGUCUACAAGAAGAACCUCAACAUCUCCAAGACCGACCCCGCUGGAAGCAACGGCACCGCCACCGACCAGCCCGGUCUGAAGGAGAUGACCAUCAAAGCUAUUGAUAUUCUUCACAAGCGUUCUCCAGACAAGGGUUUCUUCCUCAUGUCCGAAGCUGCGUCUAUCGACAAGAUGAUGCACGUCCUGGAUUAUGAUCGCGCACUCGGCGAACUUCUUGAACUUGAUGAUACCAUUAAGGCAACACUUCAACACCUUGCAGACAUUGGAGAACUACAUGAAACUUUAAUAGUAACUACAGCUGACCACGGACACGGUUUCGAUGUUACUGGUGGUGUCGACACAAAAUACAUGGAUGCACAAAGUGGUGACAGAAAAAAGAGAGACGCAGUUGGCACAUACGAACAAUCCGGCCUUUCCCAGUACAUGGUAGCCAACCGCUCUGCACCCAUCGGCAGCGAUCAGAACCUCGUCUACAGUGCUGGUGUCGAUUUCCCAGUCAACUGGGACCCUCGUUACACUUUGCAGUCCGGCCUUGCCACUUUCCCUGACCACCGCGAGAACUACCGUGUUCACAAGAACGGACCUCGUAUUCCUGCCCUGAACGUCACCGGAUUCAGCAGUAAUAACUAUUAUGUCAAUUACAUUGAUGCUGUUACCGGUUUCUUGGUGAACGGCACAUUACCAGUCAGCGCAGACCAGGGAGUCCACUCGCUCACUGACGUCCCUGUGUUCGCCCAGGGCCCUUGUCAAGCAGCCUUCGGGGGUGUCUACAACAAUGUAGACAUCUUCUACAACAUCGCUACUUGUCUGCGCUUGCAGAGAACGAAGCCCAGCCACUAG